ACAAAGACAGUAUUUCUUUAAAAUUUUUAGAAACUAAUUACAAAUCUUAUAUAUUUAUUUUUAAAUGAGUGCUAGUUCUCUAAUUAUGAGGGAGCCACGUCUUUUAUACAUAAAUUCUUUUAGUUUUGAUCGAUGUCAAACGACGCACGAGUGAUUUUUAAAUGAAGAGAAACAAAAUUCUUGGAAUGAAAUUAAAUAAAAUACUGAAAUAAAAUUGCAAUGUGAUAUUGUAUAAUAUUAUUAUUUACUUUUGUAAAUUUUUAAAUUUUCAAAUUUAUUGUCAUCAGUAAAAUAUAUAUGCAUAUAUGUGGAUAUGAAAUUAAUAAAAGCAUUGUAUCGUUUAAUUCUUCAGCUGAUGACAAAGGUUCAGACAACUUAUUAAAGAUAAGGCUCAAACUGGUCUCCCAUAGGUUGUGCAACGAGAGUUACUUCGGCGGCAGCCGCUCUGUUGAACUCCCAUUAGGAAUCGUCGACGAAUGGCAAAUAUGUGCUAGGCAAGUUGAGGCAGAAACAUGUGAGGUUGAUAGCGGAGGACCACUUGCCUUCAUUUUCGGGGACCAUGAAUGUUCGCACUACGUGAUUGGGAUCCACAGUCUCGGACAAAUCUGCGGCAGCAUCAUACCUGACGUUUUCACUCGAGUUUACUAUUACAUUCCCUGGAUAGAAAGAACAGCGUGGCCGGAAAAUUUUUAAUUUAUACGACACCUAAAUGUGUUCAUUGUUUGGGAGAAGCUCAGCAAACAAUUGAAUUUCAGUUAAAUUCAAAUGUUAAAGUGAUUUAGACAAGAAUAACAUUUAAUGCCAUUUUCUGUGACAACGGCAGUGUGCAUGAUAAUUUGCAUGGAAAAUAUACAUUUGCAAAAUCAAAA